AUGAAUUUGGAUGCAUUUCUCCCUUUGCCUGAUAAAGUAACAUUUACAGCAGUUAUUGAUGGACUGUGCAAAGAUGGCAGAACAGACAAGGCUUGGGAUUGUUUUCAUGACAUGUCCAGAAAGGGUAUCCAGCCGAAUGUGAUUACUUAUAAUGCAUUGAUAUUCAGCCUAUGUGAAUUGCAUGAGAGUAAUAGGGAAAAGGAAGCAAUUACGCUUAUUUCUGAGAUGGAAAACAGGGGGCAUCUUCCUCAUGUAACUACAUAUAAUACACUAACAUGUGCAUUCUGUAAAACAAGAGACAUGAACAUGGUAGGAAACGUGUUAGAGGAGAUGGCAACAAGUGAUUUGAAACCUGAUGAAAUGACUUACAGCACAGUCAUUGAUGGUCUGUGCAAGGCAGGAGAUCUUUCUAGAGCACAUUCUCUCAUGAAUAAGAUGCUUCAUGAAGGCUUGACUCCUGAUGCAGUCACUUAUAAUUGUCUGAUUGAUGCCCAUUGCAGAAUUGGAAAACAAGCUAGACAGGGCUUUCUCAAUGCUGAACGAGAUGAGAGAGCAAAAGGUUUGGUUCCAAGAAUUGUCACAUAUAAUAUAAUACUUUGUACCUUACGCCAUAGACAUGACCUUGAAAAAACCUUUUUGUUGAUGGAUCAAAUGAAGAAAGAAGGCUGUGCUCCGAGUGAUGCAACUGUUCAGAUACUUGACUGGCUGGUUGGUCUUGGUCAAAUGAAAAAAUUAUGGAACUUUGCAAAUGAUGAUUCUUUUAUUAUUUCUAGGGAUGCAUAA